CCUGGUUUUAACAAAUUUGGCGAUACAUGAAUUAGUGUUAUUUCUCUUUGCUUAUCUUUUUUUUUUUGUGUAAUUGACUACCCUUAGAGUGUUCCCUCACACAUGCUCUACAUUGUGUUUUUGCUUCAGAUGUUUAUAGAAUUGAAGAUUCUACCUACAUUGUUGUUCGUCAUUCUGUUUAUGCGCUCUGAAAUUGUGAUCUCUUAGGUAACAUUGGGCAUGGAGUUCUUCACAGAAUAUGGGGAGGCAAGCCAGUAUCAGAUCAAAGAGAUCAUUGGCAAGGGAAGCUUCGGAGUAGUUGCUGCUGCAGUAGAUACCCAAACUGGGGAGUGGGUUGCGAUCAAGAAGAUACAUGAUAUGUUUGAGCAUGCCUCAGAUGGCACCCGCAUUCUGCGGGAAAUCAAGCUUCUUCGGCUUCUCCGCCACCCAAACAUAGUUGAGAUCAAACACAUCCUGCUUCCCCCUGCCCGAAGGGAAUUUAGAGAUAUUUAUGUUGUUUUUGAGCUCAUGGAGUCAGACCUACAAAAAGUGAUCCAAGUAAAUGACAACCUCACUAAAGGGCAUCACCGGUUUUUCUUGUAUCAACUUCUUCAUGCCCUCAAGUACAUCCACACAGCUAAUGUAUUUCAUCGUGACUUAAAACCGAGCAACAUACUUGCCAAUUCGAACUGCAAGCUAAAGAUCUGUGACUUCGGGCUUGCACGCGCAUCGCGUGAUGAUGUUCCCUCAGCUAUAUUUUGGACUGACUAUGUGGCUACAAGAUGGUACCGUGCUCCGGAAUUAUGUGGCUCAUUUUUCUCCAAAUACACCCCUGCGAUUGAUAUUUGGAGCAUAGGGUGCAUAUUUGCUGAAGUUCUCACUCGAAACCCAUUAUUUCCUGGGACGAAUGUCACACACCAACUAGAUCUGAUAACAGAUGUCCUUGGAACUCCAUCACAUGAAACCCUAUCCCAGAUUCGCAAUGAGAAGGCCAGGAGAUAUUUGACUGGCAUGAAGAGGAAACAUCCUAUCCCCUUUCCUCGUAUGUUUUGUAGUGCUGAUCCUCAGGCUGUCCGUCUCCUAGAACGCUUACUCGCAUUUGAUCCUAAAGAUCGACCUACUGCUGAAGAGGCUUUAGCCGAUCCAUAUUUUGAAGGACUUCCUAAGUUGGAACAUGAGCCUUCACCAUACCCCUUUUCAAAACUUGAUUUUGAGUUUGAGAGAUGGAAGCUAUCAAAGGAUGGUAUAAGAGAUCUGAUAUAUCAGGAGAUUUUGGAGUACCAUCCGCAGAUGCUUCAGGAUUACAUCAGAGGUGGAGGACAGACUAGUUUCGUCUAUCCAAGUGGGGUUGAUGGUAUGAGACUGCAGUUUGCACAUGCUGAGGAUAAGUACCUCAGAGGAGAAAGAGGUACUCCACUGCGGAGGCGACAUGCAUCUUUGCCAAGGGAAAGAUUCCGUGCGCCAAUGGGUAGUGAUAAUCAAGACUGUAACAAUGAGAAUAGGAGGACAGCAUCUUCUGCUGGACAAAUUAUCAUAAGACCACAACAAGUGGGGAUGACGCAUGCAUAUGUUUAUCAAAAUGGCACAGGCAUUCCGGACUUCUGCUCAGGGUAUUACUUGCAGAAUGGUGGUACCAGUGAUUCCAGUUGUGCUAUCGGGGAGAAUGAAGGCCCCAAGGAGAAUGGCGUCUCCGAGGAGGAGAAGGUGGCCUAUGAACCGUCAGAACUGCUUGCCAAGAUUUAGCCAGGAUGCACCUCCUAAGGCAGCUAUGAAUCUAUGAUCCCGACAAAGCUCCAAAUUUCAAGGCAGCAGUUCCACCAUGGCUCGCGGAAGCACAGAAUAAACCCCAUCAGGGCAUGUGGAGGUGCUGCGAACUUCACAACAACCAUUUGGAUUAUCAGAAAACAUGUAAUAAAUCUAAGUUGAAAAAUGUUGCUUCGAUCUGCAUGAGGAUUCAUCCGGUGUAAAUGG